CUGAACUCCUAGCCUGGGUGACACAUCAAGAGAGCUCUCAGCUCUCUUGGUUUCUGAAACCCUUCCUAGUCCUGCAGGCGGUCUAAACCGCCUGGAACAGCUCAUCUCAGCCGUGCUUCCGCUCUCGUUGGGCCUGCGUGUCGCCCGUUCCCCCAUCGGCCGCCUUUUUGCGCGUCCGCUUAGCUUCUCUAGUCGCUUGGGUUCAGGGAAAACCUUCAUUUCCCCCCUGUUAGACGUUCCCGUUUAGAGCUAUUGUACACGGCAGAGUAUCUUUCAGGCGCCUGCAAUCGGUGAUGCGGUGAUGCGGGAGGAUCUCGCGUCCCUCUAAGGAACCAGGGGCGACCAGGGCCCGGCGCGCCAUGGACGACCUGGCGAGCGUGUGCAGCACGAGCACGGCCGCCGCGUCCAUCGACCCGGCGGAGUACUGGCGGCAGUACGACGCCGUGCGCCUCACGAAGAAGCACUGGGCCAGCGAGGCGGACGACACGGACACCGACUCCUGGCGCGGGACUCCUGGCAAUGACCGCUCGUGGGGCGUGUCUGGCGCUACCGCGUAUGGCGCGUCGUGGGGCGGCGCUAACAGCGCAGGGUGGGGGUCGCCGUCGUCCACGGCCGUCGUGCCCGGGUCGGAAGAGGCGAUGGUUCUCACGGCGCUGGCGGCGAGUGAAGAGGCAGCGGCAGCGGGUGCGGUGGGAGCGGCGGCAACGGCGGCAGCGGCAGGAGGUGUGACGGGGAGUCAGGAGAAGAAAAAGAAGGCGGCGAAGAAGGGGACUGCUGCUGCGGCGUCCGCUGGUGGCGCAGCAGCAGCAGCAGCAGCAGCAGCAGCAGCAACAUCGGCGCAGAAGAAGCUGCCGCAGGCGAAGCCCGGUAGCCCCGCGCCCGCUGCAACCAAGAAGAAGAAGAAGAAGAAGUCGGACGUGGUGGGCCCUGGGCUGGCUCCUGUGGCUCCGGGCAUCUCCGGUUACAGCGUCAGCGGUUACAAGCCGCCGUCGGUGGUUACCACCGCGAAGCCCGCGGCGAGCACCAGCUCCGUGCGGUCGGUGGCGGGGGUGGCGGGGGUGGCGGGGGUGACGGGGAGCAGCCCCUCCCCCUGGUGGGCUCCCCUGGGCGGCACCGCCACCGCCGCAACCGCCGCCGUUCCCGCCAGCAACAGCAGUGCGCCGGGCAGCGCGACCUCCCUGCCAGCGGCGCCGUCUCCCCGCGUCCCGCCAAUGGCGCCCCUUCCGCCUGCUGCUGCGCCACAGCCAGCUCCCUUCCCCCCUCAAGCGCCUCAGCAGAACGCGUUUUCCCCCCACCAGCACCCCGCUUUCAAUCACUCCGCCCCGCUUCUCACCCAGCAGCCGCGGCCCUUCCACCCUCCGCCAGCUUCCGCUUUUCCCCAUUCCGCGGGGCCUUCCCCGCCUGGGGCGUAUGCGCAGCCCAACCAGGGGCAAUAUGGCGGAAGAGCUCCUUCCCCCCCGACGUGGGGGCAAUCGCCCGCCAACGUGCCGAUUGGUCUGGCUGGUCAGAUGCCGAACCAGCCUCAAGCUUGGCCUGGGCCGAACCAGGCUGCUGGUUGGUCCGGGCCGAAUCAACCAGGACAGGCUUGGGCUGGGCAGGUGCAACAGCCCCAUGGCUCGUUGGGUCCAGGUCAAUUUCCACAGGGUUGGCAGGGGCCGAACCAACCGCCGCAGGAUUGGCAUCAGCCGAACCAAGCGCCUCAGGGUUGGCAAGGGGCGAACCAAACGCCUCAGGGUUGGCAAGGGGCGAAUCAAGCGCCUCAGGGUUGGGGAGCACACUCGGCGGCGGGGCAGGGACAUGGGCAGCAGGCGCAAGGUUGGGGGGCGGGACAGGGGAAUUCUGGAGCGUGGUGGGACGAGGGGCAGGGGCACGGGCAAGGGCAGGCGUUAGGGCAGGGGCAAUGGCAAGCACAGGCUCAGGCUCAGGCUCAGGCGCAGGCAGCGGGGGAUUGGCGAGCGGCGCAAGGGCAGGGGCAAGCACCGUGGGCCAGCGCGCAUGGGCCAGCGGCACAGCAGGCGGGUCAAGGCGGGGAGUGGUGGGAGCGGGACCUCGCGGGACAGGCAGGGGCUGCCCGUCAACGAACCCCACCAACCGCCAGCCUCCAGCCGAACGUCGGCUCCCACCCUAACGCGGGUUCCGGGCCCAGUGCGGCGGCCCCGCACAUGGCGGGCCCACAGGCAGUGCGUGGAGUGCUUGGUGCGCCCUCUGUGCUCCAGCCGCAGGUGCAGGCAGUAGCGCCUUCCGCAGCAACACCCUGGCGACAAACAUCCGCGGCAGCAGCAGCAGGAGCGGGAGGAGUAGGAGGAGCGGCAGCGCAGGGAGCAGGGCGAGUGGCUGCAGCAGCACCUGCGACUCCCGCUGUCACUGCAACGGCAACAGCCUCCGCCCUGCUCCCGUCCCGGUCCUCGCUCGCCCAGCGCGGUGGCAGCAGCCAUGGCGGCCAAGGGGUGUCACCGGCGCCCCGCACCCCAUCGGACUCUGGCUCUGACGCCAGCAGGUGGCGCCCCAGCGAAUCCAAGUAUUCCGCUGCUCAGGCCGGUACUGCCGCGCCUGCUGCUGCUGCUGCUGCUGCUGCUGCUGCUGCUGCUGCUGCUGCUGGCACUCCUUUCACUGCUAACACGGCUGUUGCUGGCACCGCGGGUGCUGGGCCCGACGCCAGCAGGUGGCGUUCCACCGAUUCUGCGUAUUCUGCUCUCCAGGGUGCUAACGCGCCUGCCGCUGCUGGCGCUGCCUUUGCUGGUAACACUGCUCCCCCUGCUGGGACGGCCAACGCCGCCACGUUCCCUGGCACUGGUACCCCUGCUGGCACUGCUGCUGGCGCUCCUGGCACUGCGGCUGCUAGCAGCAGUGGUGUGGUGGAGGGUCAGGCUGGUGGCAAAAUCCCGAUAUACGACGGGUGGGGUGAUGUCAUCGGGUGGAAAGACGCGGCUCCGCAGGCUGCUGCUGCUGACGGCGCUGUGGCUGGUGCAGAUGCUGCUGCCCGUGGCGCCGCUGCUGCCUGGGGCAAUGGCGAUGGUGCUCAAGAGGGCGAGUAUGCGGAGGGUGACUAUGGCGAAGGGGAGUACGGAGAGGGUGAUUAUGGGGAGGGGGAACAGGGAGAGGGAGAGUACUGGGAGGGGGAGUAUGCGCAGGGGGAGUAUGCGGAGGGGGAGUAUGCGGAGGGGGAGUAUGGGGAGGAGGGUAAUGCUGAUGGGGGAUACAACGGUGGUGAUGGUAACGGUGAUGGUAACGGUGAUGGUAACGGUGAUGGUAACGGUGAUGGUAACGGUGAUGGUGGGGUGGACGGUGGCGGCGGUUGGGACGCAACUGACACCACUGUCGUGGGAGGUGAGAGGGAGGGGCAGGAGGGGCAGGAGGGGGAGGAUGAGUUUUGGGAUGCGGAGGAGGGGGACUUGGAGGGGAGCGUGGGCAGUGGCAGUGGCAGUGGCGGCGAGGGGGGCAGCAGGGAGGCGAAGCAGCAGCUUUCACAGGCUGGAAAGAAUUGGUCCUCCCAGCAGCCGCCACCGCAGCAGAACCAGCAGCAGGGACAGCAGCUUGCAAACCAGGCGCUUACCUGGCAGCAGCAGCAGCUGGUUGGGAAGCAACCCCUUACAUGGCAGCAGCAGGAGCAACAACAGGAACAGCAACAACAGAAGGGGCAGCAACCGCAGCAGUCUGAGAAGCAACCUCUCACAUGGCAGCAGCAGGAGCAACAGCAGCAGCAACAGCAGGAGGGACAACAGCAGCAGCAACAGCAGGAGGGACAACAGCAACAGCAACAGCAGGAGGGACAGCAGCAGCAGCAAUCUGGGAAGCAAUCCCUCACGUGGCAGCAGCAACAACAGCAGGAGCAGCAGCAGCAGCAACAGCAGCCGCCGCCGCAGCAACGGGAGGGACAGCAUCAGCAGAAGCUAGGAGAGCAAACACUCACAUGGCAGCAGCAGCAGCAGCAGCAGCAGCAGCCACAGUGGGGAGGGGCCACAGGUUGGUCCAAGGAGGACGAUUCUACAAGCGAGUUCAGCUCCGCUAGUGGCUAUGUGCGGCCCAGGAGCACAGCUACUAACGAGGACAAGAGCGUGGUCAGCGGUGCGUGGUCCGACGCGAACUCGGAUUUCAGCAGCCAGUGGGGCGACAGCGCGGGCUGGCGGAGUACCAGCGGCAAGAGUAAGAGUAGCGCCAACGCGGCAUGGGGGGGAGAAGGUGCGGAAUGGGGGGAUGCUGCAGCCAGCAGCAGCAGAGGCCCGGGCCGAACCUCUGGCAGGUAUGUGCCGCCCAGCAAGCGGGUGGGCGGCAGGGGACAGGGUGAGGGGCCCGGGCGGGGAGCAAAGGGAGCGAAAGGAGGGCCUGAGCCUGGCGUUUCCACGUGGGAGAGGAGCAGCGCUGGUUUUAGCCCUGGUGGUGGCAAUGCAGGUGGCGCUGUUGGUGGUGGUGCUGCUGGUGCUGGUGCUGAUGGCUGGGGAGUGGGUGCAGCCAAGGGAGGGCUGGAGCCCGGUGCUUCCACAUGGGAGAGGAGCAGUGAUGCUGGUAAUGCUGCUGCUGGAUCUCAUGGUGCCAGUGGUGGUAACAAUGCGGAUGGUUGGGGAAUGGGUGCAGCCAAGGGAGGGUUGGGAGGGUUGGGCAAGGGUGAGCCGGAGUGGAGGAGGAGGGAGCUGGUCUCCCCGACUCACUCGUCCGCGUCCUCGCACUCAGCUGCAGCAGGAGCAGUGAAGGGGCGCGCAGGGGCAGCAGGAGGCGGGGCAGCGGUGACAGUGGAAGGGGGAGGAUGGGGAGGGGGCGGCGGAGGAGGAGGAGGAGGUACAGCAGCAGCAGGAGCAGCAGCAUGGGGGGCGGCAGCAGCAGCAGCAACCGGUGGUGGUGGUGGUGGUGGUGGCAGCACUGGCAAAACAGCAGGUCAGGUCACUGCAGGGGGCGGUGGCGCUGUGGACAGCUGGAGGGCGUUCGGCCAGCAGAGGCAGGCGGAGCUGGGGGAGGGCGGAUCGGACGACGACAUCUGGAAGCAGCAGGAGGAGGAUGAGAGGCUCGCCCGCCAGUGGGGCGGGGAUAGCAAGGGUUUUGCAGGUGGGGCGGGCGGGGGCGGAAGCAAGGGCAGCGUAGGGAAGGGGAAGGGGAAGGGGAGUGGCGGGGCAGAGGGGAAUGGUAGUGGGUGGGGGAGGGGUGGGGAGCAGGAGAAGGAGGCCAGGGGCAAGGACGACAGCACUGCAUGGGGGGUGGGGGUGAACGACGGGGCAGCGACAGCAGAUGAACAGGCAGGGGCGGCGAAUCAGUGGGGAGGGGCGGCGCCGCAGAAGAGUGGUUGGUGGACGGAGGGAGGCGGCGGGGGGGGAGGCGAAAGUGGUUGGUGGAAUGAAGGUAAGGCGGGUGAACCGAUGGGGUCAAGCUCAGUGAAGGGGGCGGUUGCAGGGGAGAGAGCAGGCGUGGGCAAGGCGCCUGCAGCAGCAGCAGCAGCAGUAGCAGCAGCAGCAGCACCCCAUUGUGGUUCAGCGCCUCCUGUAUUAACCCCGGCAGUGGCGCCCAUUGUGGCCCACAGGGAGAUAGACGGCUGGGAGGUGGGCAGUAAGGGCGACGACAGCGCGUGGGAGAACGAGAGCAACACCUCCGCUGUCUCGUCGCUCACUAAGGGCCUGCGGGCGUGGCAGCACGUGGCUGUAGCAUCAGCUGGCACGCCGGCUGUAGCGGCGGCUGUAGCAGCUAGCAAGGGCGCUGAGAGCGUGGUGAGUGAGAGAUCGGCCACUGAGAGCAUUCUCUCGGCUAUCGGGCUGAAGCAAGGGGAGGAGCAUAUAGCGAGAGCCAACACUGACGGCAGCAGCAGCAGUCACCUGGUGCCUGGGAGCGAGAGCCCUGCCUGUGCCCCUCCUUCCACAUCCGCUUCUCUGUCAGCAUCGCUUGGAUCCUCUGCAAAGACUCUGGCAGCAGACCCAGCAGCGGCAUCAGAACCAGCAGCAGCAGCAGCAGCAGCAGCAGCAGCAGCAGCAGCAGGGGCGUUACCCAGGGAGGGGGAGAAGCUGACGAGAUCCACCAGCUUGAGGGCUGACGCGCCCUCCUUCCCCCACGCUGGCCCCUCCUCCCCCCUCCGUGCUGACGCCAGCACCUAUCUCCGUGCAGAGGCCCCCUCCUUCAUCCGCGCUACUGCACCCUCCUUUAUCCGCGCUAAUGCACCCUCCUUUAUCCGCGCCACCGCCCCCCCAUUCACCCCCUCCCCCCCUCUGCCGCCCACGCCUCCCCCCUCACCACUGUCUCUGCCCCCGGCACUCUCCCCUCCGCACCACCUGCCCCCCCUCAGCCGCCUCACCCCGCCGCUGCACCCACGGCUCACCACGACCAAUCCCCUGGUUUUGCAGAUCCUUCCGGGCUGUCCUACGGCAACACAGGAGUGUCCUGGCCGGCCCCUGCCCCCUUCGCCGCUGUCCCACCCGUCCCUGCGUCUAACCAUGGUCUGCCACCUGAUCCGGCCAUAUCGGGAGUGGUGGUGGGCACAGGUGCCUUUAUUCCGGAAGGGUAUGGGUCUCUGCCACGUGGCGCACAGGGGUUGGAUGGGGGCAGCGCGGGUGGGGGAACUGGUGGUGGGAGUAGGCAGCAUGGGCCGGGGUGGAGCCGUGAGUGCUACGAGUGCUGGUGCUGGUGCUGGUGCUGGUGCUGGUGCUGGUGCUGGUGCAAGUCAGGCAAGUGUUGCGAGUGCUGCUGCAGCACGGCCGGGGUUAGAGACGCCGCAACUCCCCGUGGAGAUAGGAGUGAGAUCAGGGUCAGCAUCAGCAUGGUCGAGCUCGGGCUUCGGGGCGCAGUCAGAGCUGCAUUCAAGCGUGCUGCGCCUGCCAGUCCCGGGGGAGGGCGGCAGUGAGUACAUCCCCCCGGUGAGUGAGCUGGAGGUAGAUUUCUCCGACAGUGUGAGCAACAUCGGCGCUGCUGACAGGGCCCGUGCUGCUGCUGCUGCCCUCGCUGCUCGCGCUGCUGCUGCUGCAUGCGCUAGUGGUGCUGCUGGUGGCGGUAGGCUAAGCGCUGCUGCUGCUGCUGCUGCUGCUCCUGUUGCCCCCCCGGGGCAAGCUAUGGGCGGCCUUCUGGAUGAAGAUGAGGAGGCGGAGGACUACGGAGGAGGGGAAGAGGGAGGCGAGGGCGACGAGGGGGAGGACGAGGAAGCCGCGGACUCCUUCUUCGACGCAGCGGCCACGGACUUGAAGCACUCCCCCGCGGUCACCCUUUUCCUAAAAGACCUCAAAAUGCUCUCAGCAGACCAGAUCAAGGCGCAUGACAGAGAAUACAAGUGCCCGGCGUGCAAGGGCGGCAAGGGCGAGACGGACUGGUGGUGCGGCAUCCGCGCCCUCCUGCAGCACGCGGAGACAAUUCGGUCCAGAAAGAUCAGUGCGCACCGUGCGUUCGCCAGUGCUGUUCAUGUGGAGCUGAGAGAGAGGGGGGUGCUGCUGGGGGGAGGGGGCGCAGGGAGGGAGGGGGACGAGGGGGUGGUGCAGGGGCAGUGGCGCGGCGUGGGGGGGCGGAAGCCGGAGGAGGGGAAUGCAGUGGUGCUGUGGCCGCCGGUUGUUAUCAUCCGGAACACCCAGCUGCGGGUUGAUGACGACGGGCGGUGGGUGGGCAUGGGCAGCUUUGAGUUGCGGCAGCACUUCAACCAUUGCAAGUGCAUCGUCAAGACCAAGCACGCCUACGGGCCGCAGGGCCACCGUGGGAUGAGCGUUCUAGUUUUUGAGACCUCCCCGGACGGCUUCAGGGAGGCGGAGCACCUGGCCCAGCAGUUUGAGAGGGAGGGGCGCGGGCGGAGGGAGCUGACCCGGCGGUCGGCGCCGCUGGUGGACAGAUCGGGGAAGAGGAACCUGUUUGGGUAUCUGGCGACCCAGCAGGACGUGGAUGAAUUCAACCGGUGCAUGAAAGGCAAGGCGGCGCUGAAGGUGGAGGUGAAGAGGCGAAAGGAGGUGGUGGAGGAGCCGCUGCGGCGCAUGAGGGAGCAGGCCGCACAGGCGGGGCUCUACAAGUCGCAAGUGGUGGAGAUGUCUCACAAGCUCGUGGAAGUGAGAAUCGAGUCGUCCCAGCUGCGCGAGCACCUGGAGGAGGAGCGUGAGUCGAAGCAGCAGCUGGCGUCGGCGCUGGAGGGGGAGAAGCAGCAGCGGAUGCAGCUGGAGAGCACGGUGCUGAGCGCCAUGCGCCUCACGCACAUGAAGGAGGCGGAGCUGCAGGCCAUGGUGGCGCGCAACAAGCAGCUGGCGGCGCAGCACAAGGAGGAGAUCACGAGCAUGGAGGAGGCGUUUGCUCGGAGCCUGGAGGAGGCGGAGCGCAAGCAGCGCGCGGUGGAGGAGCGGGAGGCGGACCUGGAGUGGCGCAAGAAGGUGGCGAAUCAGCAGCACGUCGAGGCGGCUCGCUCGCUGGAGAGGCAGCUCUCGAGCUCGUCUGAGAUCGGGGACGACCACUCCAGUGCCCUGCAGGGCAGCCUGCAUGCGGCAACCGUCUUUCAAGCCGGCCUGGCGCAGAUGAAGCAGCAGCAGCACGAGGAGCUGCUGGGCUUCUGGCGGGCCGUGAAGGAGCGCGAGCUGCAGCUGCGGCGGCGCUUUGAGGAGGAGCGGUCGCGGUGGGUGGAGGAGUGCGAGGCGCUGCAUGAGGAGAGCGAGGCGGCGCUGGACCAGAUCGAGUGCCGCGGGGGGAAGGGUGGGGGGAAGGGUGGGGGGAUGGGGGGGAGGCGGGCGGGUGGUGGUGGAGGGGAGGGGAGUGGGAGUGAGGUGGGGGGAGGAGAGUGGUCUGGGAGUGAGGUUUGGGGAAGGGAGGAGGCAGGGAGUGUGGUUGAGGAAGAGGUGGGGGUUGGGAGCGAGGUUGGGAGAGUGGAGGAGGUGAGGCAUGAGUCUGGUCGAGGGGAAGGGGCAGGGAGCGUGGUUGAAGCAGGGGAGGAGGUAAGGAGUGCGGUUGGGAAGGGGGUGGAGGUAGGGAGUGUGGUUGAGGGAGUGGAAGAGGUAGGAAGUGAUGUUGGGAAGGGCGUGGAGGUAAGGAGUGUUGAGGAGGAGGGAGCAAUGGGUGGAGGGGAAGGGGAGCAGGAAGAAGAGGAAGCGGUGAAGGAGGUGGAGGUGGUGGGGAGCGCAGGGAAGGUGGUAGGAGUGUGUGAAGAGCAAGGUGGGCAACAUGCUGGCGAGGGCAGAGAGAAGGAAGUGAGUGGAGAGGCUUUGGGCGAGGAUGACGGGGUGGCUGAUGAAAGGGGAGAGAAGGAUAGAGAGGACGGAGGAGAGAAGGGGGAAGAGAGGGAAGGAGAGAGGGAGGGAGAGGUGGAAAACGAGAGGAAAGGAGAGAGGGAGGGAGAGGUGGAAAACGAGAGGGAAGGAGAGAGGAAGGGAGAGGUGGAAAACGAGAGGGAAGGAGAGAGGGAGGGAGAGGUGGAAAACGAGAGGGAAGGAGAGAGGGAGGGAGAGGUGGAAAACGAGAGGGAAGGAGAGAGGGAGGGAGAGGUGGAAAACGAGAGGGAAGGAGAGAGGGAGGGAGAGGUGGAAAACGAGAGGGAAGGAGAGAGGGAGGGAGAGGUGGAGAAUGAGAUUGGAGGAGAGGGAGCAGGGCAGGUGGAUGUGGUGGUGGGUGAAGAGCAGGGCAGUGAGGAGGGAAGUGGUGUGAGAGGAGAGACUGUACCUGAGGAUGUGGAUGGAGAGCUGGGACGGAGAAGGGGAGAAAAGGUGAAUGAGGAGGGAGGAGAGGGGGUAAAUGAGGUGGUGAGUGAGGAGGGAGGAUGGGAGGUAAAUGUGGUGAGUGAGGAGGGGGAAGUGGAUGUAGUUGAGGAGGUGCAUGAAGAGGGCGGAAGGGGGAUAAGUGAGGAUGGGAACAAGGAGGGCCGAGAAAGAGAGGGGGCAUUUGGGGUAGAGGAGGGGGUGGAAGAGGGAGUAGUGGAGGAGGCAGGGGAGAUGGCAGAGGCUGGAGGGUUGAAGGGUGACAUCCAGGAUGAUGAGGGGGAGGAAGGGAUAGGUGGGGGUGAGCAUGGGAAUGAAGGGGAUGGGGAGGUGGGGCAGUCGGCGGGAGAAGUGGCGCAACUUGGUGGGUUGGUUGGCGAUGGAAAAAGUUGGAUGAAUGCAACCACAGGAGAAGCCAGCAAAGGGGAAGGAGGUGUUGAGUCUGCGAGCACUUCUCAAAUUGGUGAAGUCGAGGAGAACGACGUGUACGGUCCAGAGUCGUUCUUCCUUGCACAAUGAGUGCUCUGCCGGAUUAUCAGUGGAAUGACAUUCAGAAGCCUAUACCCAUCUUUCUCUUCAAGCAUCGCAUCUACCGUUAUAUACCUCUGCAAUUCUUUUGCAAUUUCUUGUAUCGUGUCAGCUCAUGUUUGUUCAUUACAAAUAGCACGUGGUCAACGUCUUGUUUGUAAAAAACGAUGGAAAAUGUUGGAUGAAUAUAUUGUUGCAAAAUAU